UUACGUUAGUCGCACACGCGAGUCUCUUGCCUCUGAAAGGAAGCGUAAAUACUUGGUCAACUAUAGUGUUGCUGUCAAAACGAAGAAAGGCUGUGGACAGAUGUCUUUAUCAAAACUCAAAGACGUUGUAGCAGGGUCCAAAGCUUCCCUAACCAAGGGAGUUAAUGCUGUUUUUGAUAUGUGUGCUCGAACCACAAAAGCGGUUGAAGACCUCUUGUCAGCUUUGCAACCAGAUCAAGCCUUGGCCCGAUUGCUUUUGAGUGACCUGAAACAUUUGCUAGAUCGUUGUUGGCAAGCAGCCAAGAGAGCAAGAAGACUGUUUCGAGGACUAGUAGACAUUGCUGCAGGUCCACUAGUUCGUGAAGCGAAACGUCAACUAGACGGUGAAUCAAUAGACCGCAAGCUGUUAGAAAAGCUUGUGAAGAGGGUUUGUACGAGGCUGAAGUUAGUAAAAGAAUCAGUAGGGAGUUUUAAACAGUUGGGUGUACACAAAAGUAUUAACGCAGCAGAAGCAGAAGUGCGGGCUCUCCAUGGUCGGAUACAAAGUGCUAAAAAACUGCAAACAGGAGCGUUUGUUAUAGCGGUUGUGAGUGGAGCUGCUGGUCUCAUUUUGUGCACUCCCUCACUGACUGCUGCAAUCAUCGGAGCAAGUGUGACCACAUCAGCAGUCAAUAAUUUUCGUACAGUUCUUGGACUGGGACAGGAGUCAAAUGCUGAGGUGUCAAAAAAUGUCGAAGAUGUUGUAACGAAUCUACAGAAGCUGCUCGCUGAAUUUCAGAAAGUGUACGAUGACUUCCGGAAAGUUGAUAACGAUAUGGACGAUAUAGACAAGAAUUCCCAAGACAUUGAAACUGACACUACUUUCUUGCACCCAAGAGUUUCAGCAACAGCAGACAGGAUUGAUGAUCUGGAAGAAAUGGAAUACCUUUCUGCACUUAUUAGCGACCUGGAAGAGAUGCGAAAAGAUAUGCAAAAUGAUGGCUAACUUUGAACUUUUACUAAAACACAAGACAGAAUUAAGCCGAUAGUAUUCAUUUUGAUGUUUGUCUUUUGUAUUCAACUGUUUUUAAACUUUCUGUUGACUCGUUUGGAUAAGUGCAUGCGUGUUUGUGUAUAAAACAAUUUUGUUUGUUGUG